AUGGUGAACUGUAGUCAGAUUAUGGGAAGGUGUAACACGAUGAGCGAUCGGAUAGAGUUGUGUGUUGUUCUCAUCAAUGACUCGCCUUCCCCUCUUAAUCUUCNNNNGCGCUGGCGUCUGUCUCACUAUGGGUUGUGUCACUAG